AUGUAUUGUGUUCAGGUGUGCGUCGGCACAGGCCAGAACUUCGUGUGCUCUUGGUGUUGUAGAGGUCGUGGUGCCCCACCAAUCACGCUGCCCGCAACACUGGAGGACCCUGCUGCCACCUGGAAGGGACCGCCACCCGGUUCGGAGCCCCAAAACUUUGCACCAAAUUCUGGGCAGAAUUUCUCCGGGCCGGCGGCGGGCUUCCAGGGGCCUUCGCCCUUCCAAGGCCCGCCCGCCGGCGCCGGAUCACCUGCUGGGGCACCUCCUUACUCUGGACCCCCACCGGGAUCUGGUACACCCCAAUACACAGCUUCCCCUGCGCCAUCUGGUUCCUCCACCCCUGGACCAGGGCCACCUCAAUCUGUUGGAAAUGCGGGCUUCCCUCCUCCUCCCAACAAUGGUCCUCCCUACAACGGUCCAGGACCUGGACCUUUUGGGUCACCAUCGGCAGGAGGGCCACAGUUUGUGGGGCGGCCAGGAUCAUCUGGACCACCUUUUGUGGGCGGUCCUCCUGGGGGAGGUAAUCCUCAUUUUGCAUCGCCGAGCCAGCCUUUUGGUGGACCUCAGUUUGGCAUUCCACCAGGCUCUCCGUUCGGCCAUGGGCCUGGCCAUCCAAUACCAGGGCCCAUCCCAACGCAUGGCAUGAUGCCAGGCCAGAUCCCAGGCCCCAAUCCUGUGGACAGGAUAGACCAGGGGUGA